AUGACGAUGAUCCUGACUCAUUCCCCGCCUCCUGAUGCAGCUCAGCUGAUGAUGGACGACCACUGGUAUGGUUGCCAUGACUACGAUCAAUUGGACAGAUUAGCAGAAGAUAUAUUAACUGACAGACACGAAAUUGUUGAUCUUGAUGCCAAACGAAACAAGUGCCGAGAAGCUACUCGAAGAAUACAAGAACAAUUUACAGAUGUUUCAAAACUAGUCCUAAGAUAUCAGAAAACUAUUGAUAAAGAGAUCAAUACACUUCGAGAUGGACUAAAACCUAAGGUAGCUCGGCUUCAUGAAAUGGAAGGACGACCUGAAGUAAAAGGGUUUUCAGUUGACAGCUUUAACACCGGAUGA